UUAAUGUGUCUAUUUUCGUUUUUAUAUCAGCAUUAGCACUUUGUUCUCAUUUCAUUUUAAAUAUAUGCGAAACUGAAUAAACGGUGCUAUAUAAUUUGCCUAGCCUUCAGUAGGCCAUGUCUGAGCGCUGAACAUUUCCUGGUAUGAAUGGAGCAGCACAGCAGGCCUUGCCCACUCAUCCAUCCAUUGCUCCAGUGAGUUGACCUCCAGACCAAUUUAAGGAUCCUAAACAUGGACAGCAGCAGAAAGAAGUUGACGUUCAAGUGGCUAAGAACUGCAGUCACCUCACCCACACAUCUAGAGAGUCGAGAUACUGGCUCAGACACAGCUUCACAAUGGAAUAUGUCGCCAGAUGCAGAUUCAAAAACUUUGCCCCUCAGACACUCUCCAGGACCUGAGGGCCUUGGAGCACUAAGUCUGGACACUCCCAAAAGAAAAGCAGGGGUUCUUAGUGAAAGCAGGCCCUCUUUAAGCAAAGUUAAGCUGAGGAAGCUCUCCAAGAAAAAUUAUGAGACAUUCAUAACUUCAAAGGAAAAACCUUUGGACGACUCAUCCAAGGAGCUGGAAUUCACAAAGAGCCAACAUAUAUCCCCACCUCCACCUCACUCUUUCAUCUUGAAAAAGAAAGAGCGGACACCUGAGGAGGGAUCAAAGGCUAUCUACAGGAUGGCAGUGAUUGCUGCCCUUGGCAGCACAAAAGCAAGACGCAAUAAUUCUGACAUAACCAGGACUGACACUAACAGCCUGUCUUUGCCACUUGUAUCAUCACCUGUGAAGACUGAACCGCCCAGUCCAGUCUCACUUGACAGAACUGUCUUGAAUAUUACCUUCUCCUCGAUCAAACCUGAGAAUAAAUCCGAAGACAACAGCACUAUCCAAGAAGAUGAGUGGGCCCCCCCUCCGGUGUUUGAGGAAGCAGGAGACCGACGUGACGACUGCGAGCCAAAUAAAGACGGAAGGAGUGUUGUGCUAAAAGAAGACGAUUCGCUCAAGAGAUAUGUGGUGCAGGACUAUAUGUUUGUAGAGGCAACCUCUCAAGACGAGAUAUUUGGUAUAGAAAAUGAGCCUGAAGCUGAAGACUGUGACUUGUCCCGCCCCGCUCUGGAGUACAUCCCAGAAUCUUUUCCGUGUUUCACAACUCGGGGAGCCCAGGGAGCUACAACUUCCUCUCUCUCCUUUUUGUCCACUAAUGAAACAACUGUGGCCAUCCAUGCAGCUGCUAAGGACAUGGAAAAUCCUUUCUCACCAUCACAGAGGACAGUUUUUGUCUCAUCCAAGCAGCCCCAACCACCACACACAGGCCCUUCAAAGGCACCCAGAGUUGAGACUGAGAAUUUUCGCUCCUCCAACGUUAUGGUAUAUUCGUCGGAUCGCUUUGAUUUGCCCCUGCGCUCAGAUAGAGGAGUAUCGAACUCUUACUUGAAGUCAACAAGCACGCGCAGGCAGUCGGAUGCUGGCUCUAACAUCCAUUACCCCCCCUACUCUUUUACUCAUGGUGGCACUCCUAAGAGAAGAUUUUCCCUGGGGGCAGAACCUGUGUGGACCAGUUACCGCUACCUGGACAAUCAAGUUGGUUUCAUAGACACACACUGCCAUAUAGACAUGCUCUAUGGAAAACUUGGCUUCCGUGGGACAUUCAGCAGUUUUCGAAGGCUGUACCAGAGCAGCUUUCCGUCAGAGUUUCAAGGCUGUAUUGCCGACUUCUGCAACCCAGGGAUCAUGGUGAAGGAGGCCCUGUGGGAAGGUUUGCUUACUGAAGACAUGGUAUGGGGGGCAUUUGGGUGCCACCCCCACUUUGCCAAAGAGUACUCAAGUGUCCAUGAACGCAACAUACUAAUGGCCAUGCGACAUCCAAAAGCUGUGGCAUUUGGUGAGAUGGGGCUUGACUACUCACACAAAAACUCAACUAACGCCUCCAGGCAAAAAGAGGUGUUUGAGCGUCAGCUGCGUUUGGCUGUGGCCAUGAAGAAGCCUCUGGUGAUCCACUGUAGGGAUGCAGAUGAUGACCUUCUGACGAUCAUGAAGAAGUGUGUUCCCAGGGAAUACAAAAUUCACAGGCACUGUUUCACAAACAGUUAUCCAGUGAUUGAGCCCUUCCUGACAGAGUUCCCCAACAUGUAUGUGGGCUUCACAGCCUUGAUCACCUACUCCAGGGCCACAGAGGCCCGAGAUGCUGUCCGCCAGAUCCCUCUUAACCGCAUUGUGUUGGAGACAGAUGCACCUUAUUUCCUGCCAAGACAGGUGAGCAAAGAUGUCUGCCGGUUUUCACAUCCUGGAAUGGGCAUCCAUACUCUGCAGGAGCUGAGCCUGCUGAAGGGAUUAGACAUGGCCAUGGUCCUCACCACCGUCCGAAACAACACCACUCAGCUCUACGGUAUAUGAUCUGCAGAGAUGAUGGUUAAAAUCUAGCAAGAAAGAAAAGACAGACUCAGAGUUUUGCAGCUGGCUUGUGACACAUAAACAUUUUAUGUGGCUUUUUGUUUUAGAUUUAUCAAUCCUCCAUGUAGAGAUGUUGGAGUAUGGAGGAGCAGCCUCACUUUAAACAACCUUGAAAGAUUUGCAAUUUGAUCUUUACUGACUAAAAGGCAAAAAAAAAAAAAAGACAAAUGAAAAUGUCUCU